AUGAAAACCGGUUCAAAUGUGUUUUUUGCUUCUAUGAUUCGAUUUUUGUCCUUUUUUCAUCAUUUUUUUGUUUUGAUCCUCCUUUUUUCGUGUAGAAAGUGUACAAAAACCUUUUAUGGAUAUUUUAAAAAGACUCGGGCCGAUUUAUAGAAGAAUCUUGAGGUUAACAGCUGGCUUAAAUUUGUUUUUUGCUUCUAGGAUUCCAAUUUCGUACUUUUUUCGUCUUCUUGUUUCGAUUCUCGUUUUUUCCGUGUAAGAUCUGUUCAAAAAUCGUUUCCAGGAUUUUUAAAGGCAAUUUUAAGAAAAUCUAUCAAGUGAAGUGUCCCUUCAAGUUUUAUUUUUUGCCUUUAAACAUUCAAGAAAGAAUUUUUGGAACAGAUUUUGCUCAUUUUUAUGGAUUGAAUUUUUGAAAGAAAAUAAUUUCAGAACCGAGGAAAUGUCGACGAAGAAAAAGUCGCGCGUCGGAAAGAAAAAGGGCAAAGUCCUCGUCCCUGAAAUGGAAGCUUUUCAGGGCCAAAGUACAUUUUUGACUUCUUUUUUUAGGUGGAAAAAUUCAUGGAAAUUUUUUUAGAAACUAUGUGAUUCUGAUCUAGAUUUUUCAGCUUUAAGGCAAAAUUUUUCAUCUUGCAAUUAGUGAUUUUUUUCUUACAGUUUUAUCGAGUAUUAGGGAAAAAAAGGGAACAUUUUUUUGAUCAUUUAUUCUUUUUAAAUAAUCAUUUGAAAAGUCAGCGGUUUCUAUGUGCAACCAAAAGUACUUGGCGAAAAUUCACCUUUUUUUCUAAAUUGAAUAUUUAAAAAAACAAAAACCCCUUAAGUAGCCACUUUUUUUCGGUUUUUUUCAGUGCAUUUUGAGUGGCGAAAUUAAAAAUAACGUUUUCCGACUCGAAGUUGAAAAUAAGUUGAAUUUUGGAUUUUUUAAAUGGAAAAAUCACUUAAGGGGCCAUUUCUCUGGGUUUCUAUUUUUCAGUCACAAUUUAUGCAGAAAAAAAUUGACUUUCGGAUUUUUAAAAUCGAUUUUUCAUCUUUUUAGGAGGAUAUUUUGUUAUUUUUAUGAUGAAAAGUGUUCACUUAAGUGGUCGAAUAAAUGAUUUUGUUAAAAUAUUUUUCUCAUGGAGUUACUCCUGUUGGCUUGACAAAAUUUAUUCAAAAAAACUAAUUUUUCGAUUCAAAAUUGAUUUUUUUAAAGUGUAGGAUGAUUUUUCGAUUUUUGAUGAAAAAGUUUUUUUCACUUUUAGGGGCCACUUUGAUGCUUUUUCAAUUCAAAAUUGAUUGUUUUAAGUGUAGGAAGAUUUUUGAUUUUUUUCAAGAGGUAUAAGUUCGCUUCAGGAUCCACAUCGGAGCUUUUUUCGAUUCAAAAUUGAUUUCUUUGAGUUUUAGGAAGAUUUUUCGAAUGAAAAAUAUUCACUUAAGGAGCCACUUCUGUCGGUCUUCAUGUGGGGCGUCAACCAUUCGAUCGACCAACUGAUGCACGUCCCUCCGCCGGGUCUUCUGAUGCCCGACGACUUCAAGGCGAUUUUUUUGAAUAAUCUUGAAAGAUUUAUCUUCUUUUGGGUAUAGUCGGAAGGACCCUUUAGAGACCCCUUGAGCGUCCAUUAUGGAAAAAAAGGUUCCAUUAAUUGUUCCUAAAUGGUUAUUAGACCCUUUUUGAACCCUUUUUGGACCCUUUUUGGACCCUUUUUGAACCCUUUUUGGACCCUUUUCAGACCCUUUUUGGACUCUUUUUGGACCCUUUCUGGACCCUUUUAGACCCGUUAAGACCCUUUCUGGACCUUUUUAAACCCUUUUUGGACCCUUUUUAGAUCCUUUUUGGACCCUUUUUGGACCCUUUUCAGACCCUUUUUGGACUCUUUUUGGACCCUUUCUGGACCCUUUUAGACCCGUUAAGACCCUUUCUGGACCUUUUUAAACCCUUUUUGGACCCUUUUUAGAUCCGUUUUGGACCCUUUUUGGACUCUUUUUGGACCCUUUUAGACCCGUUAAGACCCUUUCUGGACCUUUUAAAACCCUUUUUGGACCCUUUUUAGAUCCUUUUUGGACCCUUUUUGGACCCCUUUUUAGAAACACUUUUAAAUUGAAAAUAGUCUUUGCCAGUGACUUUGUAUGAACCAAAAUGGGCCUAAAACUUCCUUCACCCUUUUUUGAGCCAACCAAGAGAGAAAGGCUCCAAAACGGAUUCCUUUUCAGAGGCAAAGUCGGAAGGACCCUUCACGGGCCCUUUGAGCGUCCGUUACAGAUCCGUCUGUUUCCAUUAAUUGUUCCCAAACGAGUGGCAAGGUUUCCUUUUUACUGUCUUUUUCCGUCCUUUCAUCGGCCUUCAUCCACCCUUUUUUUGGACCCUUUUGAGAAAUACAAUUUUUUUAAAGUAGGAAUAAUUUUUACAAGGGACUGUGUAUGAACCAUAAUAUGCAACAGAAAUGAAAUCGGAAAUUAUCAAUAGAAAGAGAAUUUCAGAACCCUUUUGCACCCUCACCCUUUCUUCACUCUUUUUGCGGCCUCUCCCUUUUUUCGCCCUUUUAUGACUCUUUUUAGCCCACCAAAAAUGAAAGGCUCAAUGAAGGCCGUAAAAAGGGACCCUUUUAGCGGCCAUUUUGCAGUCACUCCCUUUUUGCACCCGUUUUCCGCAUUUUCGACUUUGGCAGUGCUUGUUCUCGUUUUUCCUUUCUAUUUUUUGAUAAUUUUUGGGUUUCUUGAGCAUUUUUCUGCAAAAUUCGGCCACUUCUACAUUUUUUACAACCUUUUUCAUCGAUUUUUUGAAUCUUAAGUAAUUUAGGCUUAAAGAAUAUUUUUGUGAGGCUUUGAAUUUUUUUCUUUCAGACGACUAGAGGAAUUUUGUCCAUUAACAAUUAUCGAAUAACUCACGAUUUUUAUAACUUCUCAAAAAAACGUAUAUUAGAUGGAUUUAGAGAGAGGAAAUGAUCCUUUAACGUGUAGAAAUUAAUUUUUUUAACGUGUAGAAAUUACUAUUUUUUUCACGUCAAGAAAUUAUUUGUGGAUUAUUUAAUUUUGAUUAAAUUAGAUUAAAUAAUUAGUUAAUUUGUAGGUUUUAAAGUGGUUUUUUUAGAAAUUUACUUGAGAAAUCAGCUCCAAAUUGAUUUUUUUAAAUGAAACUUGAGCUCAUUUUUCUCAGCCAAAAAUCGUUUUUUUCGAGAAAAUGGUCAAAAAUCGGCUUAAAUUGAGAUGAAAAAUUCAAACUUUAGUCUAAUUUUUUUAUCCUUUUUCAUCGAUUUUUUUAAAUCUCCUUAAGAAAUCUUGAAGAAUAUUUUUUUGUGAGGCUUUGAAUCAGACUACUAGAGCAGUUUUGCCCAUUAACAAUUUUCGAAAAAAACUCACGAUUUUAUAACUUCUCAAAAAAACGUAUAUUAGAUGGGUUUAGAAGUUGAAAAUGAUCCUUUAACGUGUAGAAAUUAAUUUUUUUUUGACGUCAAGAAUUUAUUUGUAAAUUUGUAGAUUUUAGGGUAGUCUUGCAGAAAUUCACCUGAGAAAUGAGCUUCAAAUUGAUUUUUAAAUGAACCUUGAAUUUAUUUUUUUCAGCCAAAAAUUAGAAUUUUUUUUGAAAAAACGUCAAAAAUCGGCUUAAAAUUGGAUAGAAAAUUCGAAAUUUCGUUCUAAUUUUUUUUAAAUUUUUUUAAUGACUUUUUCAAUAUUUUCCGUUAACCUUGAACUCGUCAAAUAUCAUAUUUCUUCCUGAAAAAAAUUUUUUUAACAAAAAGAAAAAGAAAUUUCAGCAUUUUUUUCUAAGAAAAAAAGGUCAAAAGUUGGCUUAAAAUUGAAAAGAAAAUUCAAACUUUUGUUCUAAUUUUUUUAAAAAAAUUUUUUAUGAUUUUUUUGCAAUAUUUUUUUCAUUAACCUUGAACUCCUCAAACAACACUUUUUUUGCCUGGAAGAAAUAUGGAUCCCGAAAAAUCGGCAUUUUUUUCAAGAAAAAGAUCAAAAAUUGGCUUGAAAGCAAGUUGAAAAAGUCAAAAAUUUUUUAAUUAUUUCGGUUUUUGAUUUUUUUAAAUUUUGAUAAGCCUUGAACUUUAUAUUUGUUGCUGAAAAAGUGGAGGACUUUUUCUCAAGAGAAAAUUCUAAAAAUUUUUUUGAGAAUAAUCCAAAAAAAUCGGCCUGAAGUUUUGGUUGAAAAAGUUGAAAAAAAUCAAACUUUUUCUGGUUUUUUUCUGAUUUUUUUAGAUUCUCUCGAAAAUCAUUCCUGAAAGCCUUGGUUUUCUUUUUCGGAAAAUCUUUAUCCUUUUCAUGAAAAAGCAUUUUUUUAUCAAGCGAAAAUUUCAAAAAUCAUCUUUAAAUUUGGCUGAAAAAGUCAAUUUUUUUCUCAUUUUUUUCUUGAUUUUUUUCUGUUGCUUUUUAGUGAAAAAUAUUUUUUUAAAAGCCUUGAGUUUUUUUAGAAAACAAUAUUUUUUUGGUGGCUUGAAAAGAGUUAUUAGUGAAGGUUCAAAAAUCGGCCAAAAAUUGAAGCUUUUGUUCUAAUUUCUGUCUUUUUUCAUGAUUAUUUCAAUAAUUUUGCAGGCCUACGCAAAAGUGAAAAUCGACAAUCACUAUUUCAACAAAGGACAUCAUGCCGAGUCAUUACAAGGUGAGGUUCCCCGAGAAAAAACGUGACUUUUUAUCAGAAAAAAUGUCCGAUUUUAUUGCCUACCGCCAUGAAUGGUUGAUGAGUCAUAGGGGGAAUAGAUCCUUGAAAAAAAGAUUUUUUUGAGGGGUUUUUUUGGGUUUUCCUGUUCAAAUUGGGAACUACGAAAGGGAAAAAUCUCAUUUUUUGAAAAAAAAAAAUAUUUUUUGUGGAAAUUUAUGGUUCAGAACGGAUUUUUUUAUAACAGAAAAUGAUGAUUUUUGCAUUUUUCCCCUUCGAAUUUAAUUUUUUUCAAGCAAACUUUUUCAAGCUUUUGCAUUAAUAUCAUGUAAAUCAAUGUCAAGAAUUUCAUUUUUUUAGUUGAAAAAAAAACAUAUUUUUUUAAAGGAUAAAAUAAUUUUUUUGAAACGAGAUUUUGUGACGAAAAAUGAAGAUUUUUUUCCACUUUUUUUCUACGUUUUUUUCGAAUUUGAUAGUUCUUUUUAUCGCAUUUUUUUCAUUUAAUUAUACUCAUUUUAUUGCAAUUUGAUCCUUAAAACUUUCAUUUUUUUCAAUAGUAAAAUUUAAUUUUUUUCCAGGUUUAAUUAGGAAAAAAAUUCAAUUUUAAUUCUUUAAAAAGUGAAAAUUUUAGAUGAAAACUUGACCUGAAAAUGAAAAAAAUUGUGGAGUUUUUUUCAACAGAAAUUGAAAACUUUAUUUGAAAGAAGUUGUUUUUUCAAUGGAAAUUUGAAAUCGAGUGGAAAAAAAUUUGUGAGGUUUUUUUCACGAAAUUUUCAGCUUUUUCCAACGAUUUUUUUCGAUUUUUCAACUUUUGAAAAACUAGUUUUUUUCCAUCAAAAAAAGAAUUUUCAAGGUGAAAGAGUACUGCCCGAACGUGUUCCGGAACCUGCGGGAGCAAUUCGGCGUCGACCAGUACGAGUACCUGAGGUCCCUGACGUCCUACGAGCCCGAGCCGGAGCCCGUCGAAGGCUCCAAAGGCGACUUCUUCUUCUCCUACGACAAGAAGUUUGCCAUCAAGGUGUGGGACAACGAGAAAAUGAAAAAUAUAAGCCUAAGUACACUGAAAAAAUGAUGAUUUUUAGCUUUUUCUGGUUGAUUUUUGGUCUAGAAAUGAGAAAAAGGGCGAUUUCUGGAGAAAUAAUAAGUAAAAAAAAAUAUUGAAAAGAAAAUGGACAUUUAGGGGCAAAUUACCCUUAGAAAAUGAUGAUUUCUAGCUGCUUUCUGUAGAUUUUUGAACGAAAAACGAGAAGAGAUGACAAUUUUUCACUGAAAAAAUUAAAAAUAGAUUUUUCGAAGCGAAUUAAGCAAAGAAAUUGACAGUUUUUUUGCUUUUUCCUGUGGAUUUUUGGCCUAGAAACGAGAAACAACGAGCGAAACGGCAAAAUACACUGAAAAUGACAAAAUUUAGCUUUUUCUUUGAAAGAUAGCAGAAAAAAAGGUUAUGAAAAAGGAAAAAUGGACUAUUCAGGGCAAAAAACACUGAGAAAAUGGAGAUUUCUAGCUGUUUUCUGUAGAUUUUUAUUCUUGAAACGGGAGAAAAGUCCAUUUUCCGAUAAAAUAGCAAGAAAAGAAGCCGCCGAGGUACUAAAAGAGAAAAAAUGUAUAUUUCGAAGCGAUUUUAUUGGAAAAAUUGAAAAUUUUGAGCUUUGUCUUGUCGACUUUUGGCUCGGAAACGAGAUAAUAGAACAAUUUGACGAUGAAAUAUCGAGAAAAAGGAUUCGAAACACUGAAAAAAAAAACGAUUACACUGGAAAAUUCAACGAAUUUAUCAUUAUUAGGCCUCGAAAUAACGCAUUUUUGAUAGCAGUUUCCAAAAGAAAUUCGAAUUUUUUCAUGUUUCAGCCGAAAAAAAUGGCAAUUUGAUCAUUUUUCAUCGCUUUCGAAGGCUUGAAUCACUGAAUUUCUACAAAAAUUUGGGUUUUUUGGAGCUAAACAUUUUUUUAUCAACUGUUAAAAGCUCAAAAAAAGUACGGUUUUUUUAUUGAGAAAUUGGUUAAAAUUGAUGAUUUUUUUGUUAUUUUUUUCAAUAAAGUACAUUUUUUUAAACAUUCGGAACCGAUGAAAAAUGAUAACUUCUAAUAAAAAAACCUUUGAAAACGGAUAAAAAAAAUCACGGGGCUGAAGAAAUGUACCUUUUAUGUACGUUUUCAGAGAAGUUUUUUUAAUAAAAGAGAAUUUUUUUAUUGGGACGAUCGUGAUAGUAGGAAAAAUAGAAACAAAAAAAGUCAUGAGCGCCUUGAAAAUGGAUUUUCAGUGCUACUUUUUAAGCCUCAAAAAAAUCGUGGAAUAUUUAUUGAAAAAAACGAAUGAAAAUUCAAUUUAAUCGGCUGAAAGAAGGAAAUCAAUGAAUUAUUAAAUUCAAACAUACUUUUUUUCUAAUAUUAUUGAUUUAUCGGCUGAAAAAAAAUUUUUUUCAUUCAUUCAGCUCCUGAAAAACCAAUGAAUUUUCGGAAUUUUUAAACAUUAGUUUUCAAAAAAAUCGUCUGAAAAGCUAUAGAAAAAUUUUUUAGCUCUUAAAAAAAUCAAUGAAUUUUUGGACUUUUUAACAUUCUUUUUUUAAUAUUCUCGAUAGAACGGCCGAGAUUAAUAGAAAAAAAAAUACUUAGUUCCAAUAAAAUCAGUGAAUUUUUCAAAUUUAAUCAUUAUUUUUUUCAAUAUUCUCAAUAGAUCGGCUGAAAACCGAUAGAAAAAAAUAUUUGGUUUCUCAAAAAAACGCCUGAAAAUGAAGUUUCCAAAUGGUCGGUUGAAAAUUGAAUAGAAAUAAAAAUCUCAGCUUCUGAAAAACCAAUGAAUUUUUCAAAUUUUAACAUUCCUUUUUAAUAUUCUUUAUAGAUCAACUGAAAAUUUAGAGAAAAAUCUUUUUGAAAUUGAAACGGUUUUUCCUAAUAUUCUUCAUAGACUACUGUAAUUUUUUUGAUUUUUUUCGAAUAAAACGGAAAAAAACUAUUUCCUUUUCCAGACGAUGGAUUCGGAAGCCGUGGCCGAACUCCACUCGGUCCUCCGCAAAUAUCAUGAAUACGUUGUGGAGAAACAGGGAAAAACCCUGUUGCCCCAAUAUUUGGGCCUUUAUCGGUAAGUUUUCGGGAUAAAAAUGGGAUUAGGUCAUGAAAUUCGUGGGACUUUUUAUCAUUUAUUUGAGAGAAAGCGUUCGAAUAAUCAAUUUCUAAAGAAAUUUUUCAAUUUUUUCUUAGAAUAGAAGUUGAAAAAAAGUCUUUAAAGUCAAUUCAAAUAUGUUUCGGGGCUUUAUCAGGAGGUUUUCGGGAUAAAAAAAUGGGUUCAGGUCAUGAAAUUCGUGGGAUUUUUUAUCAUUUAUUUGAGAGAAAGCGUUCAAAUGAUCAACUCCCAAAGAAUCUUUUAAUUUUUUCUCAGAAUAAAAGUUGAAAAAAGUCGUUAAAAUGAAUUCACUAGUGUUUCGAGACUUUAUCGGGAAGUUUUCGGGAUAAAAAAGGUCAUAAAAAAAUUCGUAGGAUUUUUUUAUCAUUUUUUUGUCGAAUUUAAAACAUCUUUUUUUCUAGGUGAAUUUUUCAAAAUUUUUACGUUUUUAAAGUUGAGAAAAAAACCUUCAGAUUAUCCUUUUUCUAGAGGAAUCUUCCAAAUAAAAGUUGAAAAAAGGGUUUUAAAAUUAAUCCCGGGACUUUACCGGUAAGUUUCGGGACAAAAGAGGGCUGGAAUUUAUUGGAUUUUCCAUUAGAUUUUUGGAAUGUUCCAAGUAAUUUUUCAAAAUUUUACGUUUUGCAGUUGAGAAAAACCUUCAAAUUAUCAAUUUCUAGAGGAAUCUUGUCAUUUUUUGGCAAAUUGAAAGUUGAAAAAAGUCUUGAAGUUGAUUUUACAAGUGUUUCGAAACUAGAUACUUAAGUUUGAUGAUAAAAGAAAGAGCUCAAAUUAUGGAAUUUAUACUUGAUUUUACUUUUUUUGAUUUUACAAGUAGUUCGUGACUUGAUCGGUAAGUUUGGGGAUAAAAAAGGGCUCAAAUUAUGGAAUUUUCCGAAAUUCUUAUCAGUUUUUGUAGAAUUUGGAAGAUUGAAACGUUUUUUCCAAGGAAUUUUCACAGAAAUCCUUGCUUAUUAUUCAAUUUUACGCCUUAUCGGUAAUUUACUGGAAAAAAGUGUUCAUGGGAUUCUCUUCCUUUUUGGAAUUUUCAAAAUCCUUAAAAAUUCAACUUUCAAAAAUGUUACUGUUUCAAAAACAUAUUUAUGAAAUUUCAACUUUUUUUCCAAUUAUUGGAAAAAGAGUCAGAUUUUUCGUCUGAAAUGUAUAUUUAUUUUAGAAUCGCUUUUUAUCAAAAAUUUUUAUGGAUUAUGAAGAAAUAAAAAAAAUCAAUGAGGGUUAGAAUCUUUGCGGAAAGUGUUUUCAUGAGAAAAAAUCGUUUUUUAGUUUCGGAUGGUUUUUAAAGCCUAUUUUUGGAAUUACUGGCUUUUUUUUUAGGAUAUCAUUCCUGAUUGAUGGAUUUAUUUGGAAAAAAAGAGUUUUUUUUUUCGAGUUUUCGCUACUUUUUCAUACCUAAUUUGGGAAUUAUCGUGCAUUUUUCUAUGGAUUUGUUAUUUUAUUCGAUAAAUUCAGUUGAAAAUUUUUUCAAAAAAAAAAAAAUACAAUUCAAAAUUUCGUUUUCGAUCAUUUUUCAACACAAAAAGCUCAAUCAAACUACUUUUCUUCAAACUUUUCUGCAAUUUUAUCAAUUUUACCCGUUUCAGAUUGACGAUCGACGGCUCGGAAACCUAUCUGAUCGUGAUGAGGAACGUUUUUGGCCGGAAAUACAAUGUCCACAAGAAAUUCGACCUCAAGGUCCCUUUUUCAUGCUGAAAAUCCAAAAAUGGUUGUAUUUUCUAGGGUUCGACGGUCUCCAGAGCCGCCUCGGACAAGGAAAAGGCCAAGGAUCUGCCGACCUACAAGGACAACGAUUUCCUCGAGCAGAACUGCAAGCUUCACCUGCCGGCGGUCGGUUCAAAAACAAAUUUUUAAUCAUUUAGGAAUUUUAGAGUGGUCCCUAUAGGGUUAGGAGGAAAAACAGCCCGCAUACGGGCUGGAAAAGUGGUCCCUAUAGGGGUUUAGGGUCUGACCCAUUAGUCCUUGAAGCUUAAGUGGUAACUAUAGGGCUUAGGCGGAAAACAACCCCUAUAGGGGACGCAAAAGUGGUCCCUAUAGGGGACAAAUCAAGGUGGUCCUUAUAGGGGUUUGGGGUCUGAUAUCUCAGCCCCUAAAGCUUAAGUGCUUCCUAUAGGGGUCUCUCAAUUUCAUUCAAAAAAACGCUUAUUUAUUCUAUUUUUCCUACUGAAGCUUCUUCGCUUACAGUUCAAAAAAUUAUCGACUAGCAUGUCCCUUAUGGGGGCCACUAAAUAUAACCAUAUGGGGACUAUUAAAUAUAGCUCUAUAGGGACCACUUUUGCAAGCUUAAGUGGCCCAUAUUGGGGUUGGUAUGGGGACCAAUAGAAGGGACCCUCCAAGGACCCCUAUGGUUGCUCCUAUAGGGACCACUCUAGAGUUUCUAAGCAAGGUGGAAAUAAUAAAAUUAAAGUUUUUUAAGUGUGAAAUGUCUUUUAGAUUCACUAAGGCAGUCGAUUCUUCGCUACUUGUUAUUUUUUAUGGAUUCGGAAAGAUUCAGUUGAACGAAUCAAAGUAUAAGCAUCAAAAAAAAGAAGAAAGAGAGGAUUUCAGGAAGCCAAACAGCAACUCCUGGAAAUGUUGGCCAGUGACACGGCCUGGCUCUCGAAUAUGCACCUGAUGGACUACUCUCUGCUUCUUGGUGGGUUUAAAUGAGCGAUUCCGCGGAAUUUGGCUCUAGUCUGCAAUGCGCCGUCGCGUGUAUGCAGACGUCGGGGGCUCUGCAGUGGCCACUCUAGGGGAGCGAUGUUAUGUCUCUUUGAUACCCUUUUUAACCUACAAAUCAGAAGAAAAAAACCAAAAAUAAGGCCCCUAUAGGGACAGCUUAAACUUUAAAUCUCGCAUCAUUUUGUUCAAGACUUUUUCCUUCUCCCUUACCUCUUUAGUGAGCACUCUGGCCAUCUUAAGUUGACCAAAAAGGCGAUAAUUCGAUAAAAAACUUCAUUCAUUCCCAGGAAUUCACGACUGCGACCGGGCGGCUGCCGAGGCGGCCAGCAAGCCUCUGGAACAAACGAGCGAAGAAUCUGCCGACGAACUUGCCCCGACGCCCCCCGACAGCCCGAUCCCUUCGACCGCCGGCGCUUUCCCCGCCAUUUCCGGUGGUCCUGACCUCGACGACGAAUUCUAUGCCAUCUCCAGCAGCUCGAGUCCGUUUUUUGAAGGGAAAUUUGGGAUGGUUUUUGAGUGGUUCUUGGAAAAAGUGACCUGAAGCUGCGAAAAAAGUUAGGAUCUGAGGUCCUUAUUCUCAAAUUAACAUGGGGAAAAAAGUACUUUCCCGGCCAUUUAUGGUCGUCUUGACCUUGGCGGAAAGCUCUACCAAGUUUUCAGCAGCUCUAGGGUGUUUUUGUAAGGGAAAAUUCGGAUGGUUUUGAGUGGUUCUUUAAAAAAGUGACCGGAGAAGUUAGAGCCUCGAUAAAAAAAAUAAGGACUUGAGGUUUUUGUCACAAAUUAGCAUAGGAAAUAUCACUUUCCCAGCAAUUUUUGGUUUUUCUGACCUUGUGGACGAAUUCUACUCCAUCUCCAGCAGCUCUAGAGCGUUUUGUUAGGGAACAUUGGAAUUAUUUUGGAGUGAAUAUUGGAAAAUGCGUUGAAAAUUGACUUGGGAAGUUGGAGUUCAAAAAAAAAAAAAGCUUAAGAGCAAACACCUUCAAACUCAUCUUUCGGUCGCCGAAAAGCUUGAAACACUAAUUUUAUUUGAAACCGCAAAUCCAAAAAUUUAUUUUGUUGUAUAGUCGAAUGUAAUCGACUAGGCGGUAUUAAGGAACUCUUCUGGAAGCUAUGACGAACAACCGCCUUUGGCGAGCUAGAAGUCAAAACGUGUAGAUGAUCAAGUUGAAAGCAUGAUCUUAAGGUCUUCACCUAGGUUUUCUGCGUGUAGUUCGUUCAUUUUCGCCUUUACAAGCUCAGAAAUUGUAGCUGAUCAACUUGAAAUCAGGGUCUUACGAUCCCCCAGCUCGUUUUUUUGCGCGUAGAUCUUCUAGUUGCGCCUUGACGAGCUCAGAAUGCACCGGAUGUAUUGCUGGAGCCCGGAGACUGUGCUCUGGGGUGGAAGCCUCGGAAUGAGAUUGACCACUUCGAACGAAGACUUUACACGGAAUGAAGAACAAGGCGAAAAAUGGGAAAUAAAACUCGCAAAAGGAAAUAGAAACAUUUUCAGACAGCGAAAAACCCCUCGUCUACUUCAUUGGCCUCGUCGACAUCCUCACCUACUACGGAAUGAAAAAACGGACAGCAACCGCCGCGAAAACCGUCAAAUAUGGGUCCGACGCCGAGAAUAUCAGCACCGUCAAGCCGGAUCAGGUCGGUUGCAGAAAAAUGACAGGGAAAUUGAUGUUCUGAAGAUUUUUAUUCAUGAAAAAAGGAGCUUUCGUGUUUCGAAAAUCGAGUUUUUUCAAGGAAAGAUAGUGCUUCUAGCUGAUGAAUUGGGUUUUACCACGAUAAAUCAGGUUACGGUAGUUAUUUUGAAGAGUUUGAGGUACUGUAAUUGUGAGAAGUUUAUUCUGUUGAAGAAAAUAGAUUUUUCUUUGAAAACCAUUGCUUCUAGCUGAUAUUUGAGAAAAAUGAGUACUGUCACGAUAAAUCGGGUUACGGUAGCCUUUUUGAAAAAUUUGGGGUACUGUAGCUGGGAAAAAUUCACUCCGACGAUGAAAAAUAGGUUUUUUUUGGUGUACAAUUUUCAAGGAAAAUAGUGCUUCCAGCUAAAUAGGGUCUUACCACGAGAAAUCAGGUUACGGUAGCUUUUAGGAAUAUUUUGAGGUACUGUAACUGUGAAAAUUUCACUCCAUCGACGAAAAAUAGGUUUUUUUCGGUGAGCAUCAAGUGAUUUCUAGGAAAAGCAUUGCCUCUAGCUGAUGUUUGAGAAAAGGGUCUUACCACGAUAAAUCGGGUUACGGUAACGUUUUUGAAAAGUUUUGAUUACGGUGAGAAUGAUACUGUAAGUAGAAAAGUGUGAAAAUAGGAAAUAAGGGUCUUAACGGAUAAUACCGUUUCAAUGAAACAAUAUAGAAUUAUCGAAUUUUUCAACUUUCGUUCCCAUUAUCGCUUUGUAUGCCUGUAAAUUCGAAUUAUCUGGUCCGCACUAGGAAUUGCUCAAAAAAAGCUUCUGACGAUCCCGAGCGCAAGUCGUUUCAGGUCGGGUGCACUGAGCCAUUCCAAGUUGGAGCACAGAUUUUUGCAAAUCUUUAGUACUUAUAAUACUUGGAGCGCUCCGGAUACUAUUAAAAAUGUUUGAAAAAAAAAUACUAUUGAAAAAUUGGAGAGUCUAAAUUUCUUUCUAUGUCUGUGUCUCUGGUUUCGGUCUGAUCUCCAGCUUUUUGCUUAAAUAUGAUCAUUUAGUUUACAGUUUCAAGCAGGUUACAAAUUAAAUCAAAGAAAAUUAUAUUAAUUCGUACAAUGUAUUCCACCGACGUGAAAUAUGUACCAGAAAUUUCGUAGAUUUUUCUGUGAACUGAAACCCCUAGAAGGGUCACUUUCGUAAGCUCAAGUGCCUUUACAGGUGGUCCCUAGAGGGGAAACUUGAAGGUCCCCUAAGGUUUCCCAUUUAAGGCAACUAUAGCAUUUCUAAGGGUCCGUAAAAAAAAGUAAUCUGAUAAAAAACCUUAAGGGAUAACUUGCACAACUAUCAAGACAUCCUACAAAAAAAUAAUAUAUUGAUUUUUAGAUUUCAAAUUUCAAAUCAACCCCCUUAAAAAUUAUUUUUCAGUACGCCAGGCGACUCGUCGAGUUCAUCACACGAUCCCUCAGCUGA